GGAUUAAGAAUAAAUAAAUUCAAAAUUUGGUUUUAAACUUCAACAAAAAAGUAAUCAUGGCAGUCUCUGGAAUUUGCAUAUUUUGCCGAAUUCCAUGUUUAUCAAGGUGUAAUUGUUGUAGGUCGGAUUUGUUCCCGCUGUUCUUACGUUAUCUGAACACGAUUAAAUAUUCUAAUCUCGAAGGGGAAAAUAAUUUCUGUCGGGAAGAUUUCCAUUGUUGUGGAAAAUGUGCAAAUUUGUUGGGAACGAUAUCGAAACAUGUUUGCAAUCUGGGGCAAGAUUUACUCAAAAUUUACUCAAUAAUGUGCCACAACAUGGGUGAAAUUGAGGGGAACGAAACUUUGGAAAAUUUGAUGAGACAAAUACUUCGGCAGACGUGGGGGCCCCUGAUGUCGCGGGGCCCCUAGUUUUUGCCUACCUUGCCUACAUGCUAAUUGCGCCACUGGACAAGGAUUUUUACAGGAACGGAUUCACCCAAUUUUACGGCAGAUCACACAUCCCCUACUGAAGGAGAAGGUCUCAAUCAGGCUUUCACGCGGACAAAAUCGUUCUUCAAAACGGAGUUCUAAACUGAAGAGAUGGAAUUCGAACCAAACCUUGAACCUGAACAAGUCGUCGUGAAAGUCAAAAUCGAAGUCGGUGAAGAUAGUGAAGUCGAGCUGGACUACUUUCCGAGCGAAAAUAUUGAUUCUAUUGAUCCCCUGCAAUCCGUAAUCGCCCUCGGAGAGGAAAUUGCUCUCAGUGUGGCACGUUUGGAGGCCCCUGAGGUUUUUCAGGAAUUUCCUCCAAGGAGAAAACUUGUGUAUAUAAGGAAACCAAAAUUACCGAAGAAAAUGGUCCACUGCGGGGUGGACGUAACCCGGAAAGGAUUUAUGAUUUAUUGUGACCGAUGUGGUUCUGGGGCCAACUCGUGGCGGGGGAUGACCCGCCAUGUGGAAGAGAUUCAUAUCAAUGGUGGAAUUAACGUGGUUACAGCGAUGCCCGUUCCUGUUGCCGUUGGGGACUGCAUAUCCCAUUCCGACGGUGGCCGAAAUUCGGGUCAGGUUGAGGAACAGGAAUCCCGCGAUGAAUUGAAAGACGAGCCCGACCACGGCCAGGUGGAAGGACCAGGAUAAGUAGUUAUCAUAACUGCGCCAGUCGUACACCUUGACGCCAAAUAAAGUGACGCAAAUCGUCCCCAGGAUAGCUGA